UCCCUUCUUCUCCGGCGCGCGCGGUGUCAAAUGGCGGCAACGGCGUCACUUCUCUUCUCGCCUUCUCUUCCCGUCCAAUCCCCUCGCGUUUCCCGAAACCCUAAUAAUGGCUUCCCUUCUCUCCUCUCCUCCAAGACCCCCCAUGGAACUCGAUUGAGAGCUCGAACCCUCGCCAUCGUCUCCGCUCUCGUGGAGCCUUCCUCCUCGAAACCUCUCGACGAUGAUUCCCCUCUUCUUCCCAUUCUCCAGGAGCUCUCUGAGAGCUUCGUUCUCCCCCCUGUUUUCCUCGCCAAGCUCCCUGGGGACCUCCGGCUUGACCUGAAUGAUGCGGCAUUUGAUUUGGCGAAUGGGCCAGUGAUCGAUGAGUGUGGUCGGGAGGUGGGGGAGAUGCUAUUGAAUUUAUCUAAGGCUUGGGAACAGGCUGAUACUUCGACUUCAAAUAGCAUUGCAAGGCAGCUCCCAUCACUGGAGGGUUAUCUGUCCGGCAAUGCGAAAUCAGCAUUUGGACGACGCUUGGUGUUGGCUGGGAGAAGAUUUGAGGCCAUGGGAAUGUAUGGUCAAGGGGAGCUUCAAAAGAUUGCCAAGGUAAUGAUUAAAACAGGGAACUUGAUGUCUAGAAGUCCGAUAACUAAAACUGACAAGAAGCCAAAGAAUGAAAGCCGCGUGUUCAAGUUCGGGGAGUUACAAGUUGAGGUUACUCCACAAAAUGCAUAUAUCGGUGCUGGAAUUGGUCUUGUUUUUGGGGUACUUUCCUGGCAACUGGGUCAAGGUGUUCAGAGCAUACCAGAAAGCUCAAUGCAGUAUGCCAAUGACAAUGCCCUGCUGCUAGCCAAGUCACUAAGAGGAGCUCUUCUUGUGCUGUUCUUUUCAUCUGCCAUAUUAUCAGCAUUUGCUUCGGUUGGCCUUGUGCUAUUAGGCCGAGAAUUAAGCUCUAAGAGCCAGUCAAAGGAUCCUUAAUUAUUCAGAGUUGUCACCGGACUACUUGAAUUAGAUGUAAUGUGUACAUUGUUGUUUAUAUUUCCCUUGCUAUGCAUUAGUUGUGUAUACAAUGAGCUGGAACAUGCAUUUGUAAAUACAAUCUACAAUAAUGAUUUCAUCUCUUACAACAGAAACUCAUAAGGGAAAAGUAAUCCGAAAAUUUUGUUGA